AGUCUCGGACGUUGUGUAGUGGUGUGGUGUAGUGAAGGUUUUACUAUUUUGUGUUUACUUUUUACUUGUUUUGGAGAUUUCCUGGUUUUUUAUACAUUUAUAUAAUUUUAUCAGUGUUAAAUUAUGGAGAACCCCAUAGAUGAGUCUGACCCCAAUUACAUGGAGUACGCUCUGAAACGGAGUCUGUUGUCCAGGAACAAGUUGGCCAUAAUCCUGAAAGGGCCUGACGGCGACACCGAAUACUGCUGCGUGGAGUGCCCGGUCAAGUACAAGGAUAUUGAGCAAUUACAGCUGCACUUGUGUGUGCACACCAAGCAGUAUAGGUUCUUAUGCAGGAUUUGCGGCACUGGGUUGAAAAGGAAAGAGCACUUGGACAGACAUACUUUGGAGCACCAGGAGCUCCGCCCUCACAAGUGCGAAGACUGCGGCAAAGCCUUCAAGCGGAGGGAGCACCUUAACAUCCACCUCACCAUCCAUAAGGACGACAAGACGUACGAGUGCUCGCUCUGCAACCGAUCUUUCCACCGCAAGGACCACCUUCAAAAGCAUCUCCAAGUUCACAGCAAAGUGUUCGAAUCCCAUAACUUGCAUCCAAUGAGUGACCAAGAGCUCGAGGCACAGGUGAAAGAGGAAGUGAAGGAAGAGAUAUGCGAUGAAGAAAUAUAUGACGAUGAAGGAAAUCCUAUUAAAGAAGAAGAAAGCUAUGGGGACUACGAAAUGCAAGAGUAUGAGGCUGAAGAUCCGGACAACUGCGAGUAUAACUCCGACUCCCAAUUGCACUCGUCACCAGUCGAACCGAGUAUAGAAAUUCGGACUCCGGACUCAGGAACUGGCAGGCCUUACGUGUGCAACAUCUGCUACAAAUCGUACAAGAGGAAAGACCAUCUCAAGAUCCACAGCUGGACGCACAUGAAGAAGGACAAGCAAUGCACCGGCUGCUUCAAAGCAUUCCACACGGACUCCCAGUUGGUGUCUCACAUGCAGUCCUGCAUGCUGGUGCAUAUCUCGCAGUAUCGCGGUGACGACGCUCCGGGCCAGGAGGCUGACCUCGAAACGGAAGAGAUGAUCCUGCCAGAGGAUCCUCUCUUGGAAGUGCGGGUGCCAAAACUAGACGUUGCGUUAAGGCCGCACGAGUGCGUGGUCUGCCACCGGCGGUUCAAGAGGAAGCAGCAUCUGAAGGUGCACGCCAACGUCCACCUCAAACAGGAGGCCUCGAUAUGGUGCUCCUUGUGCAGUCAAGGCUUCAUAACCAACCAGCAGUUCGAGAAACACGACUGCACAGCGAACGCCACGCCCGAGGGCCAGGAGGGAUCGCAGCAACCGCAGGAGGCAAAGAAAGAGAACAAGUCACCAGCGGACUAUCUAGUGCAAGAGAUGACAGAGAAAGGUCCGGACGACGCGUCAUAUCUCAUAGUACAGGACGAACAGAACAUUCCCACGCCUCAGCGGGUGUUCGUAUGCCGUUUCUGCCAAAAGCCUUUCAAACGCCGCGACCACUACAAGAUUCACCUGCACAUACACACUGGGGUUAAGAGUUUCUUCUGCCCCGACUGCGGGAAAGGUUUCUACCGCAAGGACCACUUGCAGAAGCACAGCCAGACGCACAAGAACAAGCCGAAGCCCAAGAAACAGCUGCCGGAGCUACUGCCGCUCAGCCGCCCUGCGACAAGGGAGGUCAAGCCCGAGAUCACUAUCCAUGCGCCAUCCAACAGCAAGCUGCGAGUGCCGCUCCAGAUCAAGGUGCCGUACCAGAUGGUGGUGUCGGACGCGGCCGGCGCGCGCCGCACCGUCACCGUUGACCCGCAGCGACGGGAGGUUCUCACGUAA